AUGGGUUCAACAAAGUUUGGCAACUUUGAUGAGUUCUGUCGAGACACGACGCUCCCCGUCUGCAAUUCGGGACCAUGGGGCGGCUGCCAGCUGAAGGGCAUUUCAUUGUCCAAUGACCGGCACCUGGGCAAUCUCGGCUCGAUACUACUGGCCGGCGUUGCGAUUGUUGUCAGCGUAUGGCUGCUGUAUCGCUCAGAAAGGAAACGGGCAGCUGUCGGAAGGAGGGAAAUGCAAGCGUUCCUCCUGGGCUACAUACUGAUUUCAAUAUGUGAGAUCUUCUCGGUGGGAGAUUUCCCCCUCAAUUCUGACGUGCGAAUGGCCUUCAGCGCCAUUCACAUUGGAGCCAUUGCCGCAACCACAUGGAUCCUCUUUCUCAACGGCAUUGUCGGCUACCAGCUGAUGGAUGACGGGACACCGCUCUCCGUCGGGCUGUUCUUCGUCUCGUCCCUCGUCUUCCUUAUCGGCGUCGGUUACAUUGCCCUCGACACCGGAUUCUCCUUUACCGGGUACUGGGACUCGAGCUACUCCCUUCCGAACAGGAACAUUGCGCUCUAUGUGCUGUACCUGCUCAUUCCCCUCCUGUGGAUUGUCCUCUUCUUCGUGCUGGAGAGCGUUCUUGUCCUCAAGGUGCUCGGCGAGAUCAGGCCGAUGAUGUUCCUCGUUUCGGCGGCAGUUGCUUUUGCUGCCGGUCAGGUCUUUAAUUUCGUCGUCAGCCCGUACAUCUGCGAUGGCACCUCUGGCGCGAUCGACGGGGCGCUCUUCCAAACCCUGUUCACUCUAGUGUCGGUGGUUCUGGUGUGGUUCUUCUGGUCCAGCAUCACCGAGGACGAUUGGCCAAUGGAUCCAGUCCAUCCGUACCCAUGA